AGACCAAAUUGUGUUGCACCGGGUGUAACCAACGAGCUAACGUUAGGCUAGUUAGAUGUAGCUAGCUAGCUUUAGAUUCUUGUCGGCGUACGCAGCUGUAGAAUGAACAUUAUACACACGAUUAUUGAGGGAUACUGAGGAAAGUCGUUGGUGUCACUUUAUUUUACAACCACACUGCAGUUGUCGUCGACGUCUUCUGCUUAGUUAUUUUCACCAUUAGCUGUCCCGUGUUGGUCAGUUAGCUACGUUAGCUCGAUACAGUAGCGUAUGGGUGUCAGAGUUAGCCGUGACUUCACCGGGUGUCUGGUUGCCUGAUCUCACAUUUCGGACACGUCAAGGUUCCUCAAAUCUAUCUCUUGAUUUUGGGGGCUGUGAUGUCGGAGCCCAAGACCCCCACUCCCACUCCUGCUGGCGACACAUACAAAGGAUGGGUGUUCAAGUGGACAAACUACAUCAAGGGUUAUCAGCGGAGGUGGUUUGUCCUGAGCAAUGGGCUGCUGUCAUACUACAGGACCCAGGCCGAGAUGGGCCACACGUGUAGAGGCACAAUCAACUUGGCCACGGCGACUAUCACUGUGGAUGACGCCUGCAACUUUGUCAUCUCCAAUGGCGGGGCACAGACGUAUCACCUGAAGGCCAGCUGUGAAGUGGAACGUCAGCGCUGGAUCACUGCCCUGGAACUGGCCAAAGCCAAGGCGGCCCGCAUGCAGGCUGAGUCAGAUGACUCGGGGGACGACUUUUCCCCAUCGUCUCCACCAGCGGCGCCCGGACAAGGUGGCGGGUCACAGAACUCAGAGGUUCAGUCUGCUCUCAGAACACUAGGCAGCAAGGUGGAGGAUCUCAGCACGUGCAACGACCUAAUUUCAAAGCAUGGCUCUGCCCUCCAGAGGUCUUUAUCAGAACUGGACAGUUUGCGUCUGACUGGAGAGGCUGGGGAUAAGAUUCGCCAGGUGACAGAGAGGGCCACGCUGUUCCGCAUCACUUCUAACGCCAUGAUUAAUGCGUGCAGAGACUUCCUCGCGUUGGCUCAGGCUCACAGCAAGCGAUGGCAGAAGGCCCUUCAGGCAGAGCGGGACCAGCGAGUCAGGUUGGAGGAGACUUUAGAGCAACUGGCCAAGCAGCACAACCACCUGGAGCGAGCGUUCAGAGGAGCUGCACAGGCUAACGCUACUGCAGACAACAAAAGUGCUGCCGGGCCGGGAAAAGGUGAGGCCAGCGACGAGGACGAUGACAACGAGUUCUUUGAUGCCAUGGAAGAGGCUCCUGAGUUUAUCACUGUACCCGCAGAUCCCCAGUUCCACAAACGGUCAAGCAGUAACAUAAGCGGUUUCAACAGUGAAAUGUGUCCUGAUGAUCAAUCGCUUAAUGAGGAGCCUUUAGCGAUGAACCAGGAGUCUCCCUCUCAGGAGCUGGUACCCCUGAAGAAGAGGCGAGCACGCAUCCCAGACAAACCCAACUACUCUCUCAACCUGUGGAGUAUCAUGAAGAACUGUAUUGGCAAAGAACUGUCCAAGAUCCCCAUGCCUGUAAACUUCAACGAGCCCAUUUCCAUGCUGCAGCGGUUGUCGGAGGACCUCGAGUACCACGAGCUGCUGGAUAAGGCUGCCAAGUGCCAGAGUUCGCUGGAGCAAAUGUGCUACGUGGCCGCCUUCUCCGUCUCUUCCUACUCGACCACUGUCUACCGCACGGGCAAGCCUUUCAACCCUCUGCUGGGAGAGACGUAUGAGCUGGACCGUCGGAGAGAGAGCGGCUACCGCUCCCUCUGCGAGCAGGUGAGUCACCACCCCCCUGCGGCAGCGCACCAUGUGAUCUCCGAUCGUGGCUGGACCCUGAGGCAGGAAAUCACUGUUGCCAGCAAGUUCAGGGGCAAAUACCUCUCGAUUAUGCCUCUAGGCACGAUUCACGCAAUCUUUGAAAAGGGCAACAAUCACUACACAUGGAAGAAAGUUACCACCACAGUGCACAACAUCAUCGUAGGAAAACUGUGGAUCGAUCAGUCAGGAGAGAUAGACGUUGUGAACCACACCACCGGAGACCGCUGCCACUUGAAGUUCGCUCCUUACAGCUACUUCUCCAGAGAUGUUGCCAGGAAGGUGACAGGUGUGGUGAUGGACAAGGACGGCAAGGCCCACUACGUGCUGUCGGGCACGUGGGAUGAGAAGAUGGAGUUCUCCCGGGUGAUGCAGAGCAGCCGAGGAGGAGAGAAUGGCACAGAGGGCAAACAGAAGACGGUCUAUCAAACCCUCAAAGCCAGAGAGGUUUGGAGGAGGAACCCUCUACCCGAGGGAGCAGAGACCAUGUACUACUUCACUGCCUUGGCGCUGACCCUAAAUGAGUCUGAGGAGGGUGUGGCGCCCACGGACAGCCGGCGCCGGCCUGACCAGCGCCUGAUGGAGGACGGCCGCUGGGACGAGGCCAACUCGGAGAAGCAGCGGCUGGAGGAGAAGCAACGCAGCGCCCGGCGGGAAAGAGAGCGGGAAGCCGCCAGCCAACGCACCUCCAGCCAAUCAGAAGAAGCUGUCGAUGAGGACUCUCUUACUGAUCCAUCCUUAAAAAGCACACCUCAUGACAACUACCAGGCACUUUGGUUCGAGCGCUGCGAGGACCGGAUCACAGGUGAGCAAGUCCAUAUCUAUAAGGGAGGCUACUGGGAAGCUAAGGAGCGUAACAGCUGGGAGGGCUGUCCGGACAUAUUUUGACCUCGGCAUUGACUGCCAAGUGCCCCGAAGAGACUGAUCCAUCGAAGCCGCCUGGUGGACAGCUAUCAGCUUGUCCCCACCCUCCCACUUGGACGGCUGCCUCCCUCCAGGCACUCUCUGUUCUAAGAGAUCUCCAGAGGGGGAGCAGGGUUUUUCCUCCAGCCUCCCUUGUCCCAUUUGGUUCCUGUCCCCCACCCCCUUGUUGCCGUCACACAUCUAAGAGGACUGGAAUUAUUUUGUGCUGCUUUGACUCGGGUCACUCUGAGCAUUAGGGGGAGGAAAUGAAACGGGCAGUGCUUCCAAAUCAUCAGUAGAUCAUUCUUUUAGUCUCUCUGCUCAAGUCUGUGCAGUCUCUCAGAUCAGGAGCAGAAGAGGUUUUGUGCUGAUAACACCCUGUGAGAUAAUGUAGUGUUCCUAUUGUCAUCCACAGCGUUGUGUGCUUUGGUAAUAACUCUAAAAAAAAAAGGGGGUAAGACCUGGUUAAUAUAUACAUUUAUAUAUAAAUAUAAUUCAAAUAAUUUCAUUAAAAUGUUGACUGGUGGCCUUCAAGACGUUAGCAAGGAUUUCUUGUUUCUCUCUCUGAUUUAGUGUCUUAAUGUAAUGAAGUGAAGGUUCUAGUGUGCUUGUGUGUAUGACUGCAUAUCAGCUCUUCCAUCACUUUACAACGCUGCCUCUGUGCAGUAUACUGUGUUUAAAAAAAAAAAAAAAAAAAAAGAAGAA